AAAAUCCUCAUGAAGAUCAAAAAGAACUGAACCCCACCAAUCAAGAAACAAAAAUCUAAACCCUAAAUCCAAAAAUGGACGAGAAGGAAUGGAAGAGACGAAACAUUGAAAUUUGCGUUGGAACCCAAUUUGAUUCUGUUCUUAACUCGGGAGGAGCAAAAGGUAAAGGCAAUGGGGUCCGCCACUGCGAAGGUUUCAGACAAAUGCGCCCUUUGGCGUUCGUUGACCCAACGAUCACUUCUGAUUUGAUUCAUUUCAAUUUCUGAAAACCCCAAAAGCCGUUUCUCCCAAAACUUGGCUUGGCGCACUACUCAUUCUUUCCUCUCUUUGAAGACACGCAUUGAACUCGUGAUUUCUGGGUAUCUUCUUCUUCUUCUGCUACUGAUUCCUUUUCGAUGGUUCAAAAUCCAACGCCCAUAUGCCGCAUCUCUGUUCCUGAGAUGAUGAAGGACCAACCUGCUAUCUAUCCGAAGGUGAAGGUGAGGGACGAGAACGAACUCGAUGAUCACCCUGCUGUAAAUGAGCAGAAGAGAAGUUAUCUGUUGUCUUUGAAAGAUUUGGAAUCACUAUUUCUUGAAGACUCCUCGAGUUCUUCAGAACUACAUAGAGAAAGGGCAUCUUGUUCUGUUCUAGGGACACCAAACUUCAGAGCUAGAGUGUGGAGUAAGUUUCCACCAAAUCUGACAGAAAAUGAAGGAAAGGAGCAUCGUGUUUCUCCAUCAUCCACUGCUAAAGUUCCGAAAGUUUACAGUCCCAAUGUAGUAAAGCCAUCCACUUCUGAAUCUCAAGCAGAUAAGAGGUGUAACAGAGUUAAUACUAGAGCCAGUUCAAUCCCAAUGCCUCGUGCCGUCCUAUCCAGCCCUGAAAAUGAUCUGAUGAUUGGUAAGAAAAACAGAAAAACAACAGAAAAACCAUCAGUCUUGAAGAAUCACAAUUCAGUUCAGUCCAGACACUCACAGUGUAAGACCGUCGCUAGGCACAGUGGCAACGAAAAUCCCAUUUGCUCGAGGAAAUCCAAGGAAACUGUCGUCAAUAGUAAAUGUCGAUCGGCUGGGAAGAACGGUGUGGCCUACACAGACCGCAAUUUCACGUCUAAGAAGACUCCGUAGAAACCAGAGUCCUUGUGGUGAUGCUAUCAUCAAGCAUGUAAUUAGCUUCUUCCAAUAGGGGAGAAAUAUAAGACUCGAGUCAAGGCUUGCACUGUCUAAAUGCUCAACAAGGCAAGAGGUUCCUCGUUCGUAGCAUAGCUUACAGAUGUUUUGAACUUGAAAACUUGAAAUGAAUGAAGUUCUAGUAACAACUCGCGAAAUUUUCCACUGA